AUGUGAUGAAAAUCUCGGUAGCAAAAAAUCAGAACCUACAGUUCCGAUGGACUGUGCCGCUCGACAUCCGAAUCUGGGUGCAGCUACCGUACCAGCUGACACAGUUGUCUGUCCUCAUACCCAUGUCCUCGUGACAUUUUUUGAUGAGAUUCAGAACGAAGGAAGGAUCUCACAACCAUAG